CUAUUGUAAACACUUAAACACUCAGCAAAUUCCUAGGCGAAUUCCGCACUUUCAUCUCUAUUCUCGGUGAUUCUACAAGCUACAUGGCCUUCAGAGAUGAUCCAUUUUUCAGAAGACAACACUUUGGACCAAUGAGUGGCUCUCCUUUUGACAUCCACCGUCAUCAUGGCGAUCAUGCAGUUAUGAGACGAGAACAGAGAGACCCUAUGUUUGGAAUGAUGAUGAUGGACCCAUUUGCACGUAUGCAGUCAAUGAUGGCCAAUUUUGAUAAUAUGUUUGCUGCUGCACAGGAAGGAAGAGGUGGACACAGCUACUCUCAGAGUACAGUUAUGCAUUUCUCUUCAACGAACGGAAGGGACGGACAGCCUCAGAUCUAUCAAGCAUCAUCGUCAACUCGUUGUGCACCUGGCGGGAUAAAGGAAUCCCGUAAGAUGGAGAGGGAUAGUACUACCGGAGUUCAAAAGACGUCUGUGAGUCAUCAGAUAGGUGAUAAAUCCCGUACCGUACAGCGAGAAGUGAAUCUCAGAACCAACGAGAGAGAAGAGAACAGAGAGUACAUUAAUUUAACAGAAGAGGAUGAACCAUCUUUCAGUAGGGAAUGGGAUGAAAAGGCAAGGUCCUAUCCAAGGAGUCUUGGGGUAGGCCCCAGUAGGCGUGAUCAUUACGCCCACUCAAUGGGACUCCCCUCUGAACCAACUCAUAGACAGGAUCGGGGGAUGUUUGUAGACCACACCCAUUCAUCUCCACCCAUGUAUCCAAGAAUGCAACCAUACAGUGUGGAUAAUGGUCAGAGAAAGAAGAGAGACAAAAAAGCAGCAAAAGUCACUUUUGAUUAGAAAAGAGAAAGAGUCUUGAACUGCAUGUAUAUAUAUGAUGCUAUUAUCAUUAAAAAACACUAAUUUUAAUGUUUAAGAUACUGACAUUAUUAUCAAAGAUAGUUAUUGUUUUAGUUUAUUAUUUCAGUGGUGAUAUCUCUAUUGGUAGCAAACCUUUAACA